CACCGUCGGUUCUCUCUCUCUCUCUCUCUCUCCCUCUCCCUCCCCUCCUUCCCCGGUACCCCAAGGGUCUCGCGAGCGCGCACGCGUGCGAAACUGCGUGGGAAUGGCUGUUUGUGUGAUCGAGGGGGUUGGGCCGCUUGGAGCGAGCGGAGAGCUGCAUGAGUUUGUAAUGUCCGCCAUGUUGGCCAUGGCGUAUUGAACCGGGGAGGAACAGCGGAGCCUACGAAAUAGAGAGACCGACGGAGAGCGACCGAGACCCGGGCCUGCCCGGCUCUGAUCGCGCUGCUUACGGACCCUACGCCUGCUCUCAAUCGACCGGCUCCAGAUUCAUCCAUGAGAACUCGAGGCGGACCCGCUGUUGUUUCUAGCAGAUCGAAUAGAUUUAUGCUGCAUCUUUUAAUAUAAAAAAUAAAUUUAAAAAAAAAAAAAAAAAAAAAAAAUGAGUAAACUGUCGUUUCGGGCGCGGGCGCUGGAUGCUAGUAAGCCUCUACCCGUCUUCCGCUGCGAGGAUUUACCGGACCUGCACGAAUACGCCUCGAUCAACCGGGCGGUGCCGCAGAUGCCGACCGGGAUGGAGAAAGAGGAGGAAUCGGAGCACCAUCUCCAGCGGGCCAUCUCGGCACAGCAGGUGUACGGCGAGAAGCGGGACAACAUGGUCAUCCCCGUUCCCGAGGCCGAGCGCAACAUCACGCACUACGAGUCCCUCUACCCCGGGGAGUUCAAGAUGCCAAAGCAGCUUAUUCACAUACAGCCUUUCAGUCUGGAUACAGAGCAGCCGGACUACGACCUAGAUUCCGAGGAUGAGACAUUUGUGAAUAAGCUGAAGAAGAAAAUGGAAAUCACGGCCCUGCAGUUUGAGGAAAUGAUCGACCGACUGGAGAAAGGCAGCGGACAGCAGCUCGUCAGCCUCCAGGAGGCCAAGCUGCUGCUGAAGGACGACGACGAGCUGAUCAAGGAGGUGUUUGACUACUGGAGCCGCAAGAGGAAAACCAGCAAGGGCGGCUGCCUCAUCCCCAACGUCAAGCACGAGAAGAGGGACGGAUCUAGCACCAGCGACCCCUACGUGGCCUUCCGCCGACGGACGGAGAAGAUGCAGACCAGGAAGAAUCGAAAGAAUGACGAAGCAUCGUAUGAGAAGAUGCUGAAGCUGCGCAGGGACCUGAGCCGAGCUGUCACCAUCCUGGAGAUGAUCAAGAGGAGGGAAAAGAGCAAGAGGGAACUGCUGCACCUCACGCUGGAGAUUGUGGAGAAGAGGAAUGGGAUGCCCGACUACGGCAGCGAGGUGAUGGCAGAGGCGCUCGCCCAGCGGGCGUUGGUGAAGCCCGUCUACACCAUCCCCAUCAUUCCCCCGUCCAGCAGUAACCAGUACCGACACCAGGACCACUCGGACAUGAAGGACUACAAGAAACCGGACAAGACGGAGGCAGUGCGGACCAAAAGGAAAUAUGAAAAGAAACCCAAGAUCCCCCCCCUGUCGGCGCCUCAACAUUCAGGGCCCUCUGUGUUCAAUCCCAAGGACCUCAACCAGUACGAUUUCCCCAGCUCGGACGAAGAACCCUUCUCCCAGAUCCAUUCGGGUUCGUCGGAGGCAGAAGAGGAGAACGACCCAGAUGGCUGCUAUGCGUUCAGGAGGAAGGCCGGCUGUCAGUACUACGCUACUCGCCCGGACAAGACCGGCAACUGGCCCUGGGUGAGCCCGUCAGAGGGUGGGCUCGGAGACCCGCGCUACCGCUACUGUCUGACCUCGCUGAACAUGCCGCGGCGCUGCAUCGGUUUGGCGCGGCGCCGCAUCGGCAGAGGGGGAAGGAUCUUGCUGGACAGAGCGCAAACGGAUCUAAACAACGUCUGUCAGAGCCUGGACUCUGACCCGGAGCCCGAACCGCUCGCCUCGCCGCUUCCACGUUCUCCGCUCCGCAACUCCAACGCCAGUACCUCAGAAACCAAUACCUCGGACCCAGCCAGCGCCCCACACCUCCCCUCCUCUUCAUCGCCCUUGUUGUCGUCGUCGUCGUCGUCCACACCUAUGGACCUCGGCCAGAUUCUUUUGAACAUUAAAUGUUGCCGCUGGAGGCACUUCAGACCACGGACGCUAUCCCAUCACCCCUUGGGUGGAGGAGACUUGUCUCGCAGAGGAUUUAGGGAUUUUAGGCGGACUGUAUCGGGAUUAACCCGGACCCUGUCUGGAGGAGUCGGCUCCCAGAACCGCACCGGCCCGGCCCCCACCCCUGUCCACGUGUUCACGGCCGAGCAGUACCAGCAGCACCAGGAGCAGCUGGCCCUCAUGCAGAAGCAGCAGCAGCAGCAGAGCCAGCAGCAGCACGCCGGCAACCCGGCGUUGGCGUUGACGGCGGCGUUGACGGCGGCGGUGCCGGCGGCGGUGGCGGCUCCCAACACACAGGCUCUCUCGUCCAAGACGCUGGACCAGGCCAGCGCCCAGUUUGCCGCGUCGGCACUAGUCACCACGGACCAGCUGCUGUCCUUCAAGUCCAAAGAGGAGCUGGUGCUGGCAGGGGGGGUCAACGGGGUGCUGCCGGGUGCAGGUGUGUUCAAAGGCUUGCAUCUCCCCGGCAGCGCCGCGGCCCUUCACCAGACCACCCAGUCGACGCACGCCUGCGCCUCCGCGCCGCCCGCUUUCCUCCAGCCCUCCUCCAACUCGGCCACCCCUUCGCCCGCCAACACCGUCCCCGCCUCCACCCCCGGCGCCCACGCGGCCGCCGCGCCGGGCAUCCUGGGCUGCAGCGCCGCCGCGCCCACCGCCACCACUCAGGUCCUCAUCGGGAACAACAUCUGUCUGAGCGUGCCGUCGGCCGCCGGCACGGCCGGACGCCACCUUCACCCCCGGACCCUCGGCAACGUGCCACCCUCUGCCUUAAAGCUGUCGGCCACCACCAACCUGCAGAUGCCCAAAGUCCCCGGAGCGUCGGCCAUGGACAUGGGCUCAAGGGAUAAUCACGACGAAGACAAGCCAGCACUGAACAGUAUAGCGGACAACACAGUGGCCAUGGAGGUGACGUAGUAGCGGCGCGUGCGAAGGAGUCCCCGCUUUUUAGGUGCUGUGCAUCGUAGCAUCGGGAAUGCAAAAGGGACAGCGGGGCUCUCGCCACCAGGGGG